AUGCUAUCCUACACAUUCCGCUCUAGUCUUUCAAGACGUUCAAUUGCCCCGACAAUCUCUCUCCGCACAUAUGCGAGCCAGACCCCCGGCAACCCCAUGCUGGAAGUCUUCAACCGCAAAACGAAGCAUCUACAGAAAGACCGCGCAGCCCGGAAUGUCGAAGGAAGCCGAAAAGUCGAUUACCUGAAAGAUGAAGUGGCAAUGCGGUUAUGCGAACGAUUACUGGUGAGCAACGCACCCAAGGGCAGAGUAGCUCUCGCACGCGCAAGGAAGGCCGACAUCAAGCGCAAUUUCCCCCACGUCCUCGAUCUAGGCGCAAACAGCUGCAACAUCGCCAAAGCCCUCACAACCCCCAACCCUGACAUAACCACACCGGAAGGAGCGGUUUCGCCGCCACUAGCAGAUAAGAUUUCAAAACUGACUUGCGUGGAGACAUCGCGGGCUCUGCUACACCGAGACGAGGAGCUACCAUUCAACAACGAGAUUGAGAUCCAGCGGGAUAUAAUCCCGGACUUGGAGACGCUGCCAUACGAGCCGAACAGCUUCGACGCCGUGCUAUCGUCACUGUCAAUCCACUGGAUCAACGACCUGCCCGCGUUGCUGGAACAAGUGAACACGAUACUCAAGCCGGACGCGCCAUUCAUCGCUGCCAUGUUUGGUGGUGAUACGUUGUAUGAGCUGCGGGGAUCGUUGCAGCUGGCAGAUAUGGAGCGACGCGGUGGUGUCAGUCCGCAUGUGUCGCCGCUGGCUGAUGUCAAGGAUGUUGGGAGCUUGUUAAACCGGGCUGGGUUUAAGAUGCUUACUGUUGAUGUUGAGGAUAUUGUUGUUGAGUUCCCUGAUACCUUUGCUCUGAUGCAGGACUUGCAGGCUAUGGGUGAGAGUAAUGCGAUUAUGAACCGUGACUCGGCCCCGUUGUCGCGGGAUGUGUUGUUGGCCAAUGAGGCUAUCUAUCGCAAUUUACAUAUGGAAGAUGGUGCACCUGGUAUCCCGGCUACGUUCCGAUUGAUCUAUAUGAUUGGAUGGAAGGAGGGAAAGAACCAGGCGCAGCCAUUGCAGCGCGGUAGUGGUGAUGUUAACCUCAAGGAGAUCCUUGGUGGUGGGGAGUUCGACAGGCCAUGA